AUGCCUACACAACAAGAGCCCAUAGCCAUCAUCGGCUCUGCAUGCCGUUUCCCCGGCGGCGCAUCAUCCCCUACAAAGCUUUGGGAGCUGUUGAAAGAACCCAAGGAUGUGUUACGCGACUUCGCCAGAGAUCGACUGAAUCUUGAGGCAUUUCAUCACUCCGAUGGCGAGCAUCAUGGCGCCACCGAUGUCUGCAGCAAGGGAUAUAUUCUCGAGGAGGAUAGCCGGCUGUUUGAUGCCUCUUUCUUCAAUAUCAACCCAGCUGAGGCUGAUGCCAUGGACCCUCAGCAACGUCUCACACUCGAGACGGUAUAUGAAUCACUCGAGUCUGCAGGCUACACACUCGACCAAAUUCAAGGAUCCUUGACGUCCGUGUUUCUCGGUGUAAUGACUGGAGAUUAUCAUGACAUUCAACAAAGAGACCCAGAGACCAUCAACCGAUACCACGCCACCGGCACGUCCAAGAGCAUCCUUUCGAAUCGCGUGUCCUACUACUUCGACUUAAGAGGCCCUUCCAUAACGAUGGAUACAGCCUGCUCUUCAUCCCUCGCUGCCCUUCACCUCGCCGUUCAAUCUCUUCGUAACGGCGAGUCCUCCACGGCUAUUGCCAUCGGAGUCAACUUGAUCUUUGACGCUGCCGGCUAUGUCGCUGAGUCCAAGCUUCACAUGCUCAGUCCAACCUCACGUAGCCGCAUGUGGGAUGCAGGCGCGGAUGGCUAUGCUCGUGGAGAGGGAGUCGCUUCCGUCGUCCUGAAGCCCCUCAGCGCUGCCGUUCGCGAUGGUGACCAUAUUGAGUCUGUUAUUCGCGAGACUGGCAUGAAUAGCGAUGGUCGUACCACUGGAAUUACUAUGCCCUCCUCCGCUGCGCAGGCCACACUCAUCCGCCGAACGUACGACAAUGCCGGAUUAGACCCCAUCGUUGAUCGUCCACAAUAUUUUGAGGCCCAUGGCACUGGUACUCUAGCCGGAGACCCGGUUGAGGCCCGAGCUAUCCGAGAAUCAUUUUUCUCUCCGGGAACAUCGUCGCCCGAAGACGCAGAAAAGCUCUUUUGCGGCUCCAUCAAGACUGUCAUUGGUCACACGGAAGGUUGUGCAGGUCUGGCAGGGUUGCUCAAGGUCUCUCUGGCCCUGCAAAAUCACACGAUUCCUCCCAACUUGCUAUUCAACACCCUCAAUCCUGCGAUAAAGCCAUUCUACGACCGACUUUGUGUACCAACUACGUCUAUUCCUUGGCCAAAGAUCCCAAACGGACCAAGAAGGGCCAGUUUAAACAGCUUCGGCUUCGGCGGGACCAAUGUACACGCGAUCAUUGAGAGCUACACCCCUGAAGACUUGAUUACCAGUGGAGACACUUUUACGAACGGCCUUUCUCAUAAGUUUGUUGGGCCGUUGGUGGUCUCGUCCGAGAGGGAGUCGUCGCUUGCGGAGACUGUCGGCAAGUACGCCGACUUUAUCAAGUCCCACCCUGAUGUCGAUCUAGAGGAUCUGGCUCUCGUAUCGCAGACGAAGCGCAGCUUGUUCUCUACUCGGGCGUUCUUCUCUGGAGAGACACGAGAUAAGCUCAUCGAGUUUCUCGAGAUGGCUAGAGAAACCUCUCACACUGGGGCCGAGAUUGGCAUCAAAGCCCCCAGUGCUUCUGCUGGGCCUCCUGCGAUUCUUGGAAUCUUCACUGGCCAGGGAGCACAGUGGGCGUCGAUGGGUCGGCUGAUGAUCGAAUCAUCCUAUCAAUUCAGGCAAUCCAUCAUGAAGUGCGAAGACGCCCUAAGAGAUAUUUCAGACGCUCCAUCGUGGUCUCUGGUGCAGGAGCUCACAGCUCCGGAAGAGGUUUCGCGCAUCGGAGAAGCUGCCAUCUCCCAACCACUCUGCACUGCAAUUCAGAUUGCCGUGGUUGACGUCCUGGCCUAUUCAGGAGUUCGCUUCGAUUCGGUCGUCGGCCACUCUUCAGGAGAGAUCGCCGCCGUUUACGCAGCCGGCAUCAUCUCCGCCGCUGACGCUAUGAAGAUCGCAUAUUAUCGUGGUUUAUACGCCAAGCUUGCCCUCAGCCAGUCAGGUGCACGAGGCUCUAUGAUGGCGAUUGGCCUCGGGUUCGAGGAUGCCAUGGCCUUUUGCGACGAACCGCAGUUCAAGGGUCGGAUCGGCCUUGCCGCUAGCAACUCCCCUACCAGCACUACUCUAUCCGGCGAUGAAGUUGCCAUUAAUGAGGCCAAGGCAAUACUGGAAGAGCAAAAGACAUUCACCCGCCUCUUGAAGGUAGAUACUGCCUACCACUCGCAUCACAUGAUGCCUUGCGCCAAGCCUUACCUGGCGGCUCUCAAGGCAUGCAAUAUCAAAGUCAAUACGCCAUCUGAUCGUUGCGUGUGGAUAUCAUCGGUCCACGGACAUGCUGAGCUUCUCGAUGAUGAAGCCAGUCUCUCAGUCUUGUCGGGCCAGUAUUGGAUCGACAAUAUGGUGAGACCCGUUCUGUUCUCCGAGGCUACUGAAUGUUCUCUGUGGAGAGCCGGGCCAUUCAACCUUGUACUCGAGAUCGGACCGCAUCCAGCACUCAAGGGACCUGCAUCGCAGACAAUGAAGACUGCUCUUGGCCAUAUUCUGCCUUACGCUACUUUUCUACGACGUGGCUAUAAUGAUGUCGAAGCCUUUUCUGGUGGAAUUGGCUACAUCUGGAGCUACCUCGGUUCAGUGGUCGAUUUUUCGGGCUACCGCAAAGCCAUGCACGGCCCAGAUGCACAUCCAGCCCGAAUGCUCAAGGGCCUCCCUUCCUACGCGUGGCAUCAUGACAAGAUCCACUGGAAAGAAGCACGCCUCUCGCGUCGGUAUCGUCUAGCCGACAAGGCACCUCAUGAACUCCUGGGUAGGCGCACUAUCGAUGACUCGGAAACAGAUUUGAGAUGGCGCAACAUCUUGAAGCUGAGUGAGCUGCCUUGGGUGCGUGGGCACGUCUUUCAAGGACUCGUUCUGUUUCCAACAUCGGGAUACAUGGCCAUGGCAAUACAAGCAGCAAUGGAGAUAGCGGACUCUCGGCCGGUCAAGUUUAUCGAGAUCCGCGACCUCGUUAUUCCUCGUGCACUGACGAUGGAAGAGAACCAUCCUGGUGUGGAAUCUGUCUUUUCCAUCAAGAGGACCUAUAUAAACGAUGAUGACGAGGCCAUUUUUCGAGGAGAAUUCUCCUGUCAUACUUGCUCGAAUGAAGCCACUGAGACACUGGAACGGAACUGCGCUGGGUCGAUCAUCAUUGACUUUGGCGAGCCUUCGGCCGAUACUCUACCACCUCGUGCCCAAGGGCAAUCCGGCGUCGCCUCGGUGGAUACGGAAGAAUACUACUCUUCGCUGCUCAACAUCGGCUUGAAUUAUCAAGGACUUUUCCGUGGCAUCAAGUCUGUGAACCGCACAAUGGGUUAUGCCACGACCAAGGCGUCAUGGAAUCAGUCCGACGUCGGCGACAAAUAUGUGAUGCACCCCGGGCCGCUAGAUGUUGCUUUUCACUCCAUUAUUGCAGCAUUUUGCACUCCCCUCAGCGGUGCUCUAUGGGCACCGUAUCUGCCGGUCAAGGUCGACCGUCUGGCUCUCACACCCAACAUCGAUUACCAAGGAGAGCCUGGCCAGAUCAACUUUGACGUAGACACAUUCGUCACGAGGACUACGGCAAAUACUUUCGAGGGAGACGUUCAUAUUAUUGGCCCGGAUGGCCGAACAGGCUUACAGGCCGAGGGUCUGACGCUGAAGCUAUUCACCGAAGCCCGCCCCUCCGAUGACCGUCCCAUGUUCUCUAAGACGGUAUGGAAGACGGAUGUCCUCGGUUCAUCGUCAAACCUCGAAGAGAUUUCGCCCGAUGCUGAAGAGCUAGCACUUGCCGAGGCUAUUGAUCGAACGUCUUUAUUUUUCAUCAAGAAGAUCUUUGACCAUCUUUCGGAUGCUGAUGUUUCGGAGUGGAAGUGGUUCCACAAGGCGUUUUUCAAUGCCUCCAAAGCUUGCCUCCAGGAGACCCGAGAUGGAACCCAUCCAACGACAAGGAAGGAAUGGCUCGAAGACUCCGAAGACUUGAUCAUGGCAUACAAGGAAAAUUACUCCAACCAGGCCGACAUCAAACUCAUCCAUGCUGUCGCCAACAACGUUGUGGAUGUCAUGACAGAUGAUGUGCAGCUACUAGAGAUCAUGCUCGUGGACAACAUGCUGAGCAACCUCUAUACUGACGGGCGUGCGAUGAAACCGCUCAACAAUCUCAUCACGGAACUCGUCGAGAAUCUGUCGCACAAACAUCCACGAAUGGAUAUUUUGGAGAUCGGAGCUGGCACUGGCGGCACCACCCACUCUGUUCUCAGUCGAAUUGGCGACGCCUUCGGCCACUAUACCUAUACCGACAUCUCAGCCGGCUUCUUCGAGAACGCAAAGAAGCGAUUCGAGCCCCACAACAAGCGCAUCACCUACAAGGUUCUCGACAUCGAACGAGACACGACCGAGCAGGGCAUUCUCGCAGGCAGCCAAGAUCUGAUUUUGGCUUCAAACGUUCUGCACGCGACGAGAAACCUUAGGGAGACCAUGGCCAAUGUCCGCAGGUUGCUCAAACCUGGAGGCUAUCUCAUCAUGAUGGAAGUCACUGGCGAGUUCCUUCAAAUGAUGUUUCUCAUGGGCGGUCUACCUGGGUGGUGGCUGGGGGUUGAUGAAGGGCGCGUUCGUGGGCCCGGCGUUGGCUUGACAGAGUGGGACACGAUUCUCCAAGAUGUCGGUUUCAGUGGCGCAGACAAGUAUGUCACGGAUCUUCCGCACGCCCAGAAGCAUGCUUGCUCUGUCAUUGUUGCUCAAGCUGUCGAUGAGAGGUUCCAACUACUUCAAGAUCCGUUGUCCUCCCUGGACGAUGUGCCCCUUGAGCAGCGCCUGUUGAUCAUUGGCGGUAAGACGCUUCCCGUGUCUCGCAUGAUCAAGAGCAUCGAGCGCCUUGCCUCCAGGUUCACCGACAAGGUGUUGCUGGUUGAGAGCGUGGACGCAAUUCUGGACAGGCAUGUUGAUACCAUGACAUCUGUCAUCAGCCUCACAGAGAUGGAAAAGCCUCUCUUUUCCGAGCCGAUGACGGAAGAGAGACUGUCGAAACUCCAACGUCUGUUCUCGCAUGCUACCAACACUCUUUGGGUGACCAAUGGUCGCCUUGAUGAGGAUCCUUUUGCCAAUAUGAUGACUGGACUCGGUCGCGCUUUGAUUACUGAGCUUCCGCAGCUCAACCUACAGUUUCUCGAUGUCACCAAAUCGACAACAUUUGACGCCCGCUUCAUUGUAGAGUCUUUCCUCAAGUUGAAGUUGGCCAAGUCUCCUGAGUUUUCCCGCUCGCCUAUGCUCUGGUCCACCGAGCCAGAACUUUCACUUCAAGAGGACGUCCUGCGCAUUCCUCGAGUUAUCAUGGACGACGAGAGGAAUGACCGGCUGAAUUCUUUACGUCGCACCAUCACGAAGGAUGUGCACCUUGCUGAGACUGAAGUCAUUGUUUGUCCAACUGAGGACAGCCUCUGCCUACAAGAGAAGGCUGCUUGGCUCAGAAGACACUCAGCACCAGGGCAUAGAGACUUCUCACUUUGCGUCAAGCAGUCCGUUUCCUUACCUUUCUGCAAGGGAAUAGGCCCCGUUCUUUGCGCAGGCACAAUGGGCCUGAAGGAUGAGACUGUGCUAGCAUUCGCCGCCUAUCACUGUUCAAGGGUAGUCAUUACUGACUCCAAUACUUUCAUUACAUCGGUUCCGGGACCCAUACCCAACGCCAUCUUGGUCGCUACAGCCCAUCAUCUCGUCGCAACUCGUCUGCAUUCCAGGCUAAGUGCCAUUUCGUCGAGAAACGAUGCCAUCCUUAUCUAUGGAGCCACUCCUGACAUGAUCGCUGUACUCCGCACGAAGUCGAGCGGUCUCAAACUUGUCUUUGCAACCUCUGAGGAGGAGGAGAUGGCGCAAGGGUCCAUCUUUAUUCACAAGAGGGCAUCUGCACGAUCAAUCCGGCUUCUAUUACCGAGAGGUAUCAGAUACGUAGUCGAUCUCAGUUACGCAACCAACGACACUGUUAAAAGCCGCCUCUUCGAGCUUUAUGAGCAAGUCACAUUUUCCGUCGACCUGGCUGGUGUUCUCGACGGAAGCGACCUGCUCCGAGAAGCUUUCUCCUCUGCUUCUCAGUCGACCGCGUCCACCUUCUCGAUUAUUCCUGCGAGAGAUCUGCCUGGCUUGUCUCCAGCGUCCUUAGGCUACCCUACUAUUGUCAACUGGGCUUACACGGGUUCUAUUCCAGUCACUGUUCAGCCUAUUAAUAGUGGAGGACUCUUCUUAUCGGAUUGGAAGUCCAAUUCGACCGCGGCAUACAGCCGACUGCGCAGGGGCCAAUUAGGGGCCCUAUUUACAAUUAUCGUAGCUAGCCUAACCUAUAGUUAG